AUGCUUCGAAGAGGUCCUCUCAAAUUACAUCACAGGUUCUUCCGUAGACGACACAUAACACUUGGGAUCCGACGUGAAGACCCGAAGAGGAUAUGGGAACGUCGAACUCCUCUUACACCUUCUGGUAUCUCUUCACUCUUGUCAUCUUCAAGAGAUCUCGAGGUGGAAGUGGAAUCUUGUCAAAGACGAUGUUACCCUGAUAACGCAUAUCUCAGCGUAGGUGCAAAAAUUGUUGAUCAGUUAGACAAGGCAGAUGUGGUUUUGGGCAUCAAAGAACCUCCUGCGGAUCAAGUGAGAAGGUUAGGGGAUAGAAACAGGAAAUGGAUGAUCUUCUCACAUACCCAUAAAGGUCAAGAACACAACAUGUCGUUGUUGAAUGCUAUGAUGGAGACUAAACAGACUUUGAUAGAUCAUGAGCUUCUCACUACCAUUUCUCCCGAUGGAGAGAAGCAAGAGAGAGUGGCGGCUUUCGGUUGGUAUGCCGGGGCUGUAGGUGCGGGAGAAGCUUUGUCCCUGACAGGAUUGGCAUUGCUUCAAAGAGGCCAAGCCACAUCUUUGCUUCAUCUCCCUAGACCAUAUACCUUCCAAUCAUUGCAGGAGUACAAACUCGCGCUCCGUAGGACCGGUGAUGCGUGUAAAAUUCCCGUUAGUGGAGGAUCAAAACCGAUAGUAAUUGGUGUCACUGGAAAGGGGAAGGUCGCACAAGGAGCCAUGGAGAUGUUGGACGCUAUGGGAGUGCAGUGGAUACCAGUUGGACAACUAUCAGACGUAGACUCGAACGGCAUUUCUGCCUAUCACAUCACCCCAUCCGAUUAUUUAGUCAGAGAGGAUGGAAGACAUUACGACAGAGCAGAUUACUACGCUCGUCCGAAUUUCUAUCGCUCCAUUUUCUCUGCCAAAAUUACCCCGUAUUUGACCACAUUGAUCAACGGAGUCGGCUGGAAUGACGGCUUUCCACCAGUCAUGUCGACGUCUGACCUGAACACUUUAGUAGAUGCAGAAGCGGGGAAACAAAAGCUUGUGGUCGUACAGGAUGUCACAUGUGAUCUUCACGGUGGGCUGGAGUUUGUUGACAAGCACACGACUAUUGAUCAGCCUCACUUUAUCGGUCCUGGCGGAGUGUUGAUCUCCACCACGGACAUACUUCCUGCGGAAAUGCCCAUUGAAGCUUCAGAUCAUUUUUCGCGAUGCCUAUUACCAUAUGUUGGCCGAGCUCUUGGUCUGUGCGAUGCUUCGACCAACCAGAGACAUCUUGACGAUACACUGAAGCGAGCGAGCAUCGUGGACCAUGGUCAACUGAUCGAACCCCAUCGUCACCUUGAGUCCAAGUUAGAAAAGUGGCGGAUUGCCACUGGAACAUCAAUCGUGUCCUCCUCCUCGGUUGCUCCUUCCUCCACAAAAACCACAAAAAUCCGCCCAAAGAAGAAAGUGCUCUUGCUCGGUAGUGGUCUGGUCGCAGGUCCAGCAGUGGACGUAUUCGUCCAACGGGGUGAUAUUGAAUUAGCCAUCGGCAGCAACAACUUAGCUGAAGCUCAUGCGCUGGCUGGUGGACGAUCUAAUGUCACUGCUUUACAUAUCGACGUCUCCGAUCAAUCUGCCUUGAGCAAUGCUAUCCUGACGGCGGAUGUGAUAGUUAGCCUCUUACCAGCUCCUAAGCAUCCAUCGGUCGCGCGAUUAUGUAUCGCUCAUGGGAAACAUAUGGUGACGGCUUCGUAUAUUUCACCAGAGAUGAAAUCUUUGCAUCAUGACGCCGUGAAUAAAGGUGUAGUUUUGCUCAAUGAAUGUGGACUCGAUCCCGGAAUUGACUCGAUGGCGGCCAUGAGGAUUCUUGGGAGGGCCAAAAGGGAAGGGAAACGUGUCACGUCGUUCGUCUCAUGGUGUGGAGGUUUACCUUCACCAGAAUGUGCCGAUGUCCCUCUAGGUUACAAAUUCGCUUGGUCCUCAAAAGCAGUCCUCACAGCCUCAUUGAAUCCCGCAACGUACAAACUCCACAACUCAAUUCAUCAUAUACCAGCCGGGGGGAUAAUAUCCCAUCCAUUCACAUCUCUCGACCUUUGGAGAGGAUUGAAUUUAGAAGGAGUGGCCAAUAGAGAUUCUCUUCCAUACGCCGCCAAAUACGGUAUGGGCUCUGUGGAAAAUAUGGACGAUAUAUUCAGGGGUACGUUACGCUACGAGGGAUUUUGCAAGGUCAUGGAUGGUUUUAGAAAAAUAGGUUUGUUGAGUUUGACUCCGUUGUAUAGAGAACCGAAGGACUGGGAGGAUUUCUUGAUGGUAUGUGCGGAACAGACAAGGCGAGAUGUAGGAAUGAAUGAAGGGAGUUGGGAGGGAAUGUUAGGUAAGGAAGGGGAAGAUGUGGUGAUCGCUUUGGAAUGGUUAGGACUGUUAGGUAGCAAGUCUACUCUUAAUUCGGAUCUACCUCUUCCUCAAACAAAAACACCAAUCGACAUUACCGCUCAUCUCCUCGGACACCGACUUCGUUAUUUACCCAAAGAAAGGGAUAUGGUACUUCUUCAUCAUACAUUUCAUCUUCACAACUCCAGUGAUGUUAGUUAUGAAGCUGAACGUCAUCCGGAACGUGGAAUGAAAGUAACAGCAUCAUUAGUACAUUAUGGGGAUGAGACCUCCUCUGCAAUGUCAAUGACAGUAGGUAAAACACUCGCCUUUGCUACAGGAAGAAUAUUAGAUGGACAUGUUUCUUCUAGAGGAGUGAUAGGACCUGACGAUCCUGAUGUGUGGACAGGAGUCUUGGACCAAUUAGAAGAAGUAGGGGUGAUAGUCCAAGAGAGUUGGUUCGUAUAG